GCUUCUGAGGGUCUCGCCGUAGCAAAAGCUAAGCAGCCCCGCCAGGCGGACGCCAGCCGCCAGCAGCCAGCAGCAGAGGCAGCAGCAGCAGCAGCGGCGGCGGCGAUCUUCCUCCAAAUUGCUCGCCGUCGGGGUUUUUUUUUUUUUUUUUUUUCUUUCCGCAUUUCGUCGGGACCGAGGCGCGUAGCUGGCAAGGAAAGGAGAGCGGGAAGACAACCGCGACCCCUGCGCAAAGAUAUGAGCGGCAGCGGGCGGCCCAGGACCAGCUCGUUUGCUGAGCCGCCGGGACUUUCAGCAGCCGCCGCCGCCGCGGCCGUCGCUGUCGUGGGGAGCAGCACAGGAAAGUCCGGGGUCCCGCAGGCCUCCGGCGGCAGUUUGUCGGGAUGCUCGAACCUCAAGCUCGGCAGAGACAGCGGCAAGGUGACGACGGUCGUGGCCACGCCGGGUCAGGGCCCGGACCGCCCACAAGAAGUGUCCUACACUGACAUCAAGGUGAUCGGCAACGGCUCGUUCGGGGUGGUCUACCAGGCGCGCCUCAUCGACAGCCAGGAGAUGGUGGCCAUCAAGAAGGUUCUCCAGGAUAAGAGGUUCAAGAAUCGUGAGCUGCAGAUCAUGAGGAAGUUGGACCACUGCAACAUCGUCAGACUACGUUUCUUCUUCUACUCCAGCGGAGAGAAGAAGGAUGAAGUGUACCUCAACUUGGUGCUGGAUUUUGUCCCCGAGACGGUCUACAGGGUGGCCCGGCAUUUCAACAAAAACAAGAGCAUCAUUCCCAUCAUCUACGUCAAGGUGUACAUGUACCAGCUGUUUCGCAGUUUGGCUUACAUCCACUCGCAAGGCGUGUGCCACCGAGACAUCAAGCCGCAGAACCUGCUGGUGGACCCCGAAACGGCCGUCCUCAAGCUGUGCGACUUUGGCAGCGCCAAGCAGCUGGUGCGCGGCGAGCCCAACGUGUCGUACAUCUGCUCGCGCUACUACCGAGCGCCCGAGCUCAUCUUCGGCGCCACCGACUACACGGCCAACAUCGACAUCUGGUCGGCGGGCUGCGUCCUGGCCGAGCUGCUGCUGGGCCAGCCCAUCUUCCCCGGCGACAGCGGCGUGGACCAGUUGGUGGAGAUCAUCAAGGUCCUCGGCACCCCGACCAGGGAGCAGAUCCGCGAGAUGAACCCCAACUACACAGAGUUCAAGUUCCCGCAGAUAAAAGCUCAUCCUUGGACCAAGGUGUUCAAGCCUCGCACGCCGCCUGAGGCCAUCGCGCUGUGCUCCCGCCUGCUGGAGUACACGCCGGCCUCGCGCCUCUCGCCGCUGGAGGCGUGUUCGCACACCUUCUUCGACGAGCUGCGGCAGCCCAACGCUCGGCUGCCCAGCGGGCGGGAGCUGCCCGUCCUCUUCAACUUCAGCACUACAGAAUUGUCCAUCCAGCCUCAGCUGAACUCCACGCUCGUCCCGCCGCACGCUCGCGCUCACUCGGCUGCUUCCUCCCACGAUGGGACCGGCCCGGACGCCUCCCAGGUGGGACCGGUACCGGGAACUCUUAACAGCAUCUGAAGCGGCCAAUGGGCUGCCUCGCCACCUGCCCGACCAGCCCCGCCCCCUCUUUCUGUCUUUUUCUCUCUUUCUCUUCACUCUCCCUCCAUCCCUCCCUCAACCAGACAGACACGCGCAUACGUGGAAUCCUUACCCGCUCGCGUGCGCGUCCCCCCCCCCCCCCCCCACGCCGUAGAUGACGUUUUGGUACGGCGGACGCAGCCGACGUCAUCGCAGCUGGAGAUUGUCGUACACGCACAACACGCGCACUGUCUGACUGCUGCUCCAGUGGUAUGUGAAGGCUCAAACGUGGGGGCUGGUCCUCUGUAAUAUAAUUUUUUUUUUUUUUUCCCCAAUUGACCCCCCCCCCCCUCCCUUCUUCAGCCAUUUUUCCUUAUUUAUUUGAACACACCUGACACCUGUUUCCUCACGGACUUUCUUUGGCUCGUUUUUCGUUUUUAUUGAGGUUUGAAACGGUUGCGAGGUCUCCGGAAUGUUGGCCGACCUCGGGCCGGAGGAGACGUUCGCUCGGGAGACGCUCCCAUCUUUUUCCCGCAAGCAUUUUUUUAUCAGGAUUAUUAUUAUGAUUCAGAUUUUUAUUAUGUUUCUCACCACGGCCACGUUUUGCUUCAGUCUUUAUUUUCUUCACAGACAAAAAAAAAAAAGAAAAAUCCCUUUUAGAGAAUUUUAUUGAACAUUGUCAUGUUUUUAAGACUGUUUCUUUUUCUUUUUAAAGCCUCGAGUCGUGCUUGUGGUUUCUUUCCCGCGAGCGUUUCACACUAGUCGAAAUAGACUCAUCAUGUCGAGUUAAAUGCUGGCUGGAAAAACAAAAGGUGACAGUCAUCCCUCUGCCAACAGCGCAAGUAAUCGAUUCACGUUUGUUGAGUGUCGGGCGCCGAAACUUGUCCGACUUUCAAGCCGUUUCCGUUUGUCUCCUUUAGAAUUGGCGCGACGAGCCGAGAGUCCGCUCCUAAUCUUAAACUCCAGUUUAGAAGCGUCGCUGAGCUCAAAUCCAAAGAGACGCGACGCUGCCGUCUGCAGGCGUUCGUUCGUCAUUCCAGUUGCGCACAAGCUAGAAUUUCAGACGAGCGGGAAAAUUUUUACUUUGUAUUUUUGUGGCAGUCAACGGUUGGAUUCCGGUUGAGGUUAAUAUAAAUAUCCUCGGCGGUGAAUGAGUUAAGAUGUACAUAUAUCAGAGAAGUAUCAUUUUAGCAGAGCAAAAUUGUACACCUGCGGGAAAGACUCUCAGGAACAACCCGAGCUAAACGUAGUUCCACCCUGCCGUAGGAAGGUCUGAAACGGUCAAGAUGCGUCACUUGGACAAAGUUCCUUGACGCCAAUGGCUCCUGUCCCAUGGCGCCAUCUUUCGAACGAAGUAAAUAUGCGGGCGGAGUGAACGUCGCUGGUCUUCAUGUAGCAGCAGCAGCAGCAGCAGCAGCACGCGCGUCAUCUCUUUUUACGUUUCUCUCUCUUUAUUCUCUUAUCUUGAUGAACUUUCUUCCAGUGACAGAGAGGCUCACUUCUUCAAAGUAUUUUGCCAUUCAUACUUUUUCAUGUAGUAACUGCAGGUUUCAAUCCUCCCGCUGCCAUGACAUGUGUAAAUAUUAUUAUUUUUUUUUUACAUUUUAUUCCACCCCCACUUUUUUUUUUUUUUAAUAUAUUACAGAGCUGUUUAUAUCUCCUGCCACUCGUUCUGUCCAUAUGUCUGUGCUUGUUUAUUCUGUAAAUACACCUUUGUGUCGCCAUGUAAAUAUUGCAAAGGAGAAAAGAAGAAGGAAAAGCGUGUCCUGUUUGUCCAGCACCUUUUUUCUUUCUUUCUUUUUCGUCUUUCUCUCUGUCUUAGUCUCUUUAUUUUUUUUUCCCCCAAACAAAUACCGGCGGGAAGUUCGCAGCCGCCGGCUCCACUCGAUUUGCCGACAGAGCCGCUCGUCGGUUUGUGCGUCGACUUCAAUCUUAGGACUCCUGUGCAGUAUUUAGGGAGGAAGAGAAGCAAAAAGCAAAAGUUGCAUCGUGUCACUCGGGAGUCAACGCAGCGACGGCCAGCGUUAAGGACAGGAAGUGACGUUUUGCGCUACCACCGCAAACAAAAGCCUCCAGUGUGUUCUUGCCCGUUUCCUUCAUUUGCCACUUUGAAUCCGUUUAGUUCUGCCGGAGAAGGAGAGAGAAAGAAAAGCCAAGCUGUUUGUCUCGGUUCUGUGUAUGUGAACUCAUUGACUGUAAUAAAGUGAUGAUGAAACUGU